AUGGCUGGUAGCUUCAUCUUGCCUUGGAAUCGUCUCCGCAAUCGCACUGGAGGAUUCUCGGCGCGAUCAGGAAUGGGCUCGUACGGCCAAAGCUACCUGCGAACAAUGGCCAAUUCGAGUGCCGCUAUGUCUGAACAGAUCGAGUUGGACGACAUGCUGGCCGAGCCCGGAACCCAUCGGCAAUUCGAGGAAGAGGAUUGA